CCGGACGAUGCCAACGUUGCCAGGAACGUCCACGGGGGAACUAUCCUGAAGAUGAUCGAGGAGGCGGGAGCCAUCAUCAGCACCCGCCAUUGCAACUCCCAGGCCGGGGAGCCCUGUGUGGCCGCCCUGGCGAGGGUGGAGCGGACGGACUUCCUCUCCCCAGUGUGCAUUGGUGAGGUGGCCAAUGUCAGCGCUGAGAUCACUUACACUUCCCGGCACUCUGUGGAGGUCCAGGUCAACGUCAUGUCUGAAAACAUUUUAACAGGGGCAAAGAAAGUGACAAAUAAGGCAACGCUGUGGUAUGUGCCGCUGUCCCUGAAGAACGUGAACAAGGUCCUUGAGGUUCCCCCCAUCCAGUAUGCGAGAAAGGAGCAGGAAGAGGAGGGGAAGAAGCGUUAUGAGGAGCAAAAGUUGGAUCGGCUGGAAACUAAGCAAAGAAAUGGUGACGUGAUCUUCCCCAUCAUCAACCCAGAUAGGCAGACGAAAGAACCACACACUGUUGGCUACAGCCAGUCCAGCCUGAUCCACCUGGUGGGACCAUCGGACUGCACGCUGCUGGGCUUCGUGCACGGAGGUGUCACCAUGAAGCUCAUGGACGAGGUCGCUGGGAUUGUGGCUGGCCGCCACCGCAAAACCAAACACGUCACCCGCGGGGGGCGUGGGUUUGGGGCUGCCCGCCACUGCAAGACCAACAUCGUCACCGCCUCGGUGGAUGCCAUCAACUUCCACGAGAAGAUCAAAAAAGGCAGCGUCAUCACCAUUUCGGGACGCAUGACCUUCACAAGCAAUAAAUCCAUGGAAAUUGAAGUCUUUGUGGAUGCUGAUCCGUUUGUGGAUGAUACUCGGGAGCGGUACCGUGCCGUCAGCGCCUUCUUCACCUAUGUCUCACUGAGCAAGGAGGGGAAGCCCCUGCCCGUCCCACAGCUGCUGACGGAGACGGAGGACGAGAAGCGGCGCUUCGAGGAAGGGAAGGGCAGGUACCUCCAGACGAAAGCCAAGCGGCAGGCGCAGAUGCAGCAGGCUGCGCAGCAGUGA